AUCGCAGCCUGCGAUUCGCAGGAACCCUCUAUACGCAGCAACCCUAGAUCCACCGCACCCUCUCCAAUCGCCACCAUCGUCGUUAGUCGAUUCGCCUCUUGUCGGUGCGCCGCAGGAACGCACCUCUCGUCUUCUUGUCGCUAGGCCCAGACUCGCCACCAUUGCCUCUCUUUUGCAGCUCGCCCACUCCGACACAGCUAUUUGGAGCGAGAGAGGCAGAACUGCGUCACAACUUUGUCGGCGAUCUCUACCAAGCUUUAAACCAGAAUGGAAUAUACACUUUCUUGGAUAGCGAAGAACUGGAAAAGGGAGACCAGAUAUCUCGCCGAUGCUUAUGAAGGCCAUUGAAGAAUUGCGCAUCGCAAUCAUUGUUUCCUCCGAGGACUACGCUUCCUCAAAAUGGUGCUUGGAAGAGGUGGUGAAAAUUAUGGAGUGCAAGGAGCAAAGGAACCUCACCGUUCUACCAGUCUUUUAUAAAGUGGAACCAAGAGUAGUGAGAAAGGGAAGAAUGAGUUAUCGAAGAGCUCUGAAUAAGCACGAGUCCAACUUUAGGAAGGAUUCGGAGAAAGUGAAGAGAUGGAAGAAAGCUCUUUCCAACGCUGGUAACUUGUCCGGUUGGCAUUUGAAUGAUGAGGAUGAGUCGAAGCUUAUACAAGAAAUUGUGAAACGGAUCUCCAGCCAUCUUGACCGAGCACCUUUGCAUGUUGCUAAGCACCGGUUGGGAUAG